UAAACAGUGGCUAAACUUUGUUUAAAUAAACAGCCCAUGAAGAUUUUUACACUUUUUCUUUUCCACAGAUGCUUUUUUUGGUGUGUCUUUUACUCUUUGAGGCAUGCGCUGUGUCCAUCAGUCCGAUGAUAAACCGCAAUAUGGAACGUGACUCCAUUCGGGAUAAUUCAGAUCCAGAGAACCAUGAGUCCUCCAUGGUACAAGCACGAUAUGCACGAGGCAAGAAUAAAACAUGUACAUACAGAAACAAGGAAUAUAAACCGGGCGCAAAAGUUGACAUAAAUUUGGGUCCGGAUUAUGCAAGAUGCGAUCGAUGCACAUGUACCAAGAAAGGAAAAUUCCGCAAAUGCACCAAAUUGUACUAUUGUGAAGUGGGCUUUCUGAAGUGUAAGGUUGAGGAUUAUGAAUGGCUUCCUGGUAAAUGCUGUCCUGAGUGCAAACGAAAAAGUUGCACUGACGACAGAAAGGUCGGGGAAAAAUGGGAGAGGAUAAAAAGCAUGACGGGGCAAAAUAAAGGCAUUUGCUCUCUUUGUGAAUGUUUAGCUGACGGCGAAGAGUUCUGCCGAGACAGUCGUUUCAUUUGCUUUGACUUACCAGGGUGUCUGGAGACUGAGAUAAAACCGGACUUCUGCUGUCCACAGUGCAAAACUUGGGCCAAAUCAACUACGACUGAUGCACCAAGCUUUACCAUUAUACUGACGGAACCUACAGAACCACCGCCGUUUCCACAUUUCCCGUUUGACUCCAAUGAAGACAAAGAAACUUAAGACCAGGCUCGACAAAUGUUUUUUUUUUCGCAGAUGUAAUUUGCUUCGAGUGUUGAGAUCUCUGAGAGCUUCUAGUUUUUCAAAGGAAGAGUGAGCAUGACGAUUCUAAUGACUUGUUCUAAGAAAUAAGAGAUCGUUGAAUGGAUGUGUUCGCGAGACUCGAUUAAACCUGGAAAUAAAACUUGAAAAGAAAUUGAAAACGCA